AUGUGGAUAGACUUGCCGAGCGAUAUUAAGGUUAAAAAAGCCGUGGUUAAUGUUCAAAAUGCCGAUAACGCUUGUUUUGCUUGGGCUUGCGUAUCCGCUCGACAUCCUGCUGCUUCACACGCGAAUCGAGUAACUUCCUACCCCCGUUACAAUCAAAAACGGGGCAAGCGGCAUCAAGUCUUACCACUACUCAUCAGUCGGCAUGAAAAUCCAAGUAUCGAACACAUCAACUUGCUCAUGCUACACGAUGAAAACAUUGACGAUGAAUUCUCCCAUGAAAGAACACACUUCUGUUGGAUUAAAAAUUUAUCGCGACUAGUCAAUCGUCAAUUGAAUGCACCAAAAUUGCUCGCGCACAGGCUUGAUUGCAGUCCAGAUACACCUUGGCAACUCACGCUUCCAGAUCAGUCCAACAAGUGGUUAAAGUUUGAGAAUAACUCAAACAAAAUGCAAGUACCAUACAUAGUUUACGCAGAUUUUGAGUGUUUGUUGGAGAAUUCCUCACAGUCUUCUGAAUCAUCGAAUACGAAGAUAUAUCAUAAACAUGUACCGUAUAGCGUAGGUUAUUAUUUUGAAUGUAGUCACGAUGAGUCGCUAUCAUACUACAAUUCCUAUCGAGGUGUCGAUUAUCAGAAAUGGUUAGCCCAUCAAUUACACGGAAUCGCAGUCAGGGUAGCUGAAUACUUCAAUCAAAAGAAAUCUAUGUAUCAAUUGUCUGGUCAACAACAGAUUGAAUUCGAAAACGCUGUAGACUAUAUCGCGGGCCUUGGUUACGAUGCGCACUUCAUAAUCGGUGAAUUGGCUAAUAUUAAAUCAUCCUCGCUCAGUGUUCUACCAAUUACCAAAGAAAAGUACAUAGCAUUCACCCAGACGUUUUACAGCCUCGCCGUAAGACUUCAAUUCAUCGAUUCUUAUCGACAUAUGAGUUCGAGUUUAGCCGAACUAAGUUCUUACCUGCGGCACAAUGAUUUAACGAAUUUAAAAUGUCAAAUCCCCAACGCCACAGAUUCGCAAUUCAAUCUUCUAACCCGCAAAGGGAUAUUUCCGUAUGAUUACGUGACCGAAGCUGACCGACUGAACGAACGCUCAUGA